AUGGAACCUUCAUUAGUUGCUAGUGGAUUUUUAGAUGAUGAAGUGUUAACAAUGUAUCUAGUAUAUUAUGUACUUAAGGAUAAGAAUAUUCGUGAUGAUGAAGAAAUUAAAUUUCUUCAAAUUGAUGUUAUUUCUGUUUCAUCACCAAGUCAAUUAAGUAGAUCAACAAGAGCACGACCAAAAACAAUGAAUUUAACCAUGGCAGGUUCACGUCUUUCUGAGAAACUUGAUUUAGAAGAUUAUGAGGAAUUAAGUUUAGAAGAUAUAAAAGGAGAUGAAACUAAUGCAAGAAGUGAUGGAGAGAAGGGGUUAGUUGAAGAAUUUUCUAAUAGAAGAGAUGCCUUUAACAAAAUGGGGGAAACAGAAUUAGAACUAAGAAGAUUUAAAGAAGAAAAUGAAAGAAUAAAAAAGGCACUUAAAAGUAAACAAAAUGAAUGUGUUGAAAUGACAAAAAAAGUUGGAGAACUAAAUGAUUCUAUUACUCAAAAAGAAAAGAAUUAUAUACAAAUGAGAGAUGAAAGAGAAAAAAUAGAAGAAGGUUUAAAUAAAAAACUUCAUAAUAUGUUUAUUGAACUUAAAGGUAUAAAAGAAGAACGAGAAAAAUUAAUAAAUGAAAAUACAGAGAAGGGAAAUGAAAUCAAUGAAUUAAAUAAAAAAAUAGAUAACCUUCAACAAGAGAAAAAACAAACCAAAAAAUCUUUUGAUGAACAAAUUAAUUUUAUGGAAGGAAGAAUUAAUACAAUUCAAAAUAGAUGUGAAACACAAGUUAAUGAUGAGCGUAUUAUUAAUGAAACAUUAAAAAAAUCUAAUAAUGCUUUUAUCACGCAUAAUGCAGAAUUAACGUCAAGAAAUGAACUUCUUAAAAAGGAAAAUGAAGAGCUGAAAAAUGAAAAUAAUAAAAUUAAUGAAGAGCUUAGUCAAAUUAAGUCAUCAACAAUAGGAGAAAAAGAUGAAAUUAAUAUAAUAAGAAAAGAAAAGAACGAAUUAGAAGAAAUAAUUAAACAACUAAAAAAUGAAAAUGAAAAAUUAAAAACAGAAAAAGAAGAGUUACUUAAAGAAAAAGAAAAUAAUAAAAAUGAAAUUAAAGAAUUAACAUUAAAUAUCCAAGAACUACAAUCAACUCUUAAUAAAACUCAAACAGAAAAUGGUAUUAAAAUUGCAGAGUUAAAAGAAAAAUUAAAAGAGUCUCAAAAAGAAUUAGAAGAAAUACAAAUUAAUUUAAAUCAAGAAAAAGAAAUAAAUAAUAAAUUAAAUGAACAAAUUAAUAUAUUUAAUAAAAAAAUUCAAUCUCUUAAUGAUAAAAAUGAAGGAUUAGAAAAAUUAAUUGUAACUUUACAACAAGAAAUUGAAAACAGUAAAAAAGAAGUUGAAAAUAUGAAAUAUGAAUUAGAACAUUAUAAAAGUGAUGAUAAUGAUAGAGAACAUCAAUUAGUUGAUUUACAAACUGAAGUAACUCAAUUAAAAGAUGAAAUUCAAUCAUUUAUAUUAAAACAACAAAAGGCUGAAGAAUAUAUAAAAGAAUUAGAAAAACAAAUACCUAAUCUUCAAAAUGAAAAAGAAGACCUUUUACGUAAUUUAGAAGUAGAAAAACAAAAUAGAAUUAAAGUGGAAGAAGAAAGUCAAAAGACUAUUGCUGAAUUUAAAAAAAAUGUCGAGUUAUUUGGUGUUCUUGAUGAAGAUGAUCGUAAAUCUUUAUUUAUAAGUAUCGCAUUAGCCAUUAAACUUGCUCUUAAUACUAAAGUUAGUAAUGAUUUAAGUAUUACUGAAUUGUAUGAUGAAAUAAAAGAAAAAAGUGUUUUACUAAAAAAUUGGAAUAAUUGGUUGUUUGAACGUCUGUCACAUCCAUAA